AUGGUCUUUACCUCGAACGAUCGCCUGGGUGAUCAGGACACGCCGACUGGCUGGUACCUGCCCGAGGCUGCGCAUCCGUACUACGAGUUCAAGGCCGCCGGCUUUGACAUCCACUUUGGCUCGCCCAAGGGCGGCCUUCCGCCUGUGGAUCCGAGCUCGAUCGAGGCGACCAAGGACGACGACGAGUGCAUCCAGUUCAACACCGACGAGGCCAUCCAGGCGCAGUUGGCGGCGUCGAUCAAGCUGGAGGACGCGGUGGAGAACAGCUACGAUGUGAUCUUUGUGGUCGGCGGCUUUGGUGUCAUGUGGGAUCUGCCCGAGGACGCUGCUCUCCAGGCCCUCUACCGCAAGACGUACGAAGCUGGUGGCGUGGCAGCGGCGGUGUGCCAUGGGCCGGCAGCGCUGGUCAACGUCACCCUCUCGGAUGGGAGCCUGCUUGUGGCCGGCAAGGCCGUGACUGGCUUCUCCAACGCCGAGGAGCACGCUGUCGAGCGGUACGAUGUCGUUCCCUUCACCUGUGAGAACAAGCUCGCCGAGCAGGGCGGCAAGUACUCUGCCGCUGAGCCGUGGAACUCGAACGUCGCCUCGGACUCGCGCGUCGUCACUGGUCAGAACCCGCAGUCUGCCCGCGACACUGCCAAGGCCAUCAUCGAGGUUGCGGUGGUGGGCGUGGUCGUCCUUGACGACGAGGGCGUGGUGGUGACGGCGAGUGCCGACCGCUGCCUCUCGGUCUGGCUCCCCGAGUCAGAGGCCAUCUCCUCGCUCUCGUUUGCGCUCUCGGUCACACACACCUUUGACUCUUCGCUUGCUGCCCUCGAUUGGGACUGGCAUCGACGGCAGCUGCUGGUGGCGCUUGCCUCGGGCGAGCUGGUCCUUGUUGCCCUCGACGACGAGUUCGCCGAACUCAUCAUUGUCGACGUGCUGCAAGUCCACUCGGCCGCGCCUGUUGCCCUUGUCUACGAUGGCCUCAACGAGACGGUUAUCUCGGUCGGCAAGGACAAGGCGCUGCGGACCUUUGAUCGCGAGGCCAAUGUCAUGCGGGGGCUGCGACUGGGCAAGCUUGGGACGCCGACGUCGCUGGCGGUCGACGGCGAGGCCCGCAGGGUCUUUGUGGGAACCUCCAAGAAGGCCAUCCACAUCUACUCGCUCGCCGAUGACAAGCCGCAGUUGCUGGCGACGCUUGCGGGGCACUCGGGCCCAGUGGCCGCGCUCGCCUACGACGCCGGCACGUUUGCACUGUUCUCGGCGGCGCGAUCGGCCGACGUCCGGGUGUGGGACAUCGGCGAGGCCGGCCGCGAGUUUGUGGCCAAGCUUGUGGCCCAUGUCUCUGCGCCGCGCGCCACCAAGAUCCAGGCGCUGAGCCUGGUCUCGGACGGCGAGCCUGCGGUGCUGAUCUCGGGCGGCGGCGACAAGAACGUCAUCACCUGGGCCUUUCGCCCCGACGACCGCCACGCCGGCCUCGUCCCUGCCAACCUCGUCCCCUUUGCCGCCAUCCAGACCCACACUGCCGCCAUCUCUACCAUUGUCGUUGCUCGCUGGCUUGAGUCAGGCGCCGAGCUCGUCUUUACCGGCUCGCAUGAUGGCUCUGUCAACAUCCAUCUCCUCGAGCGAUCUCUUUAACCCCCCCCUCGCCGCCUCCUCCUCCAAAACGCCCACCCUGUCCCU